CAACAGUAUUCAUCACCCGGUACUAAAACCCUGCGCCGGAAACUCUUUAAACCCUGAACAGUGAACAAGCUUAAUUCAAUCAUUCCGAGCGAACUCUAAUGGCCAGUCGAGCAUUUUCAAGGUCAAAAAUCUCAAUCUUGGCCUCGGGAUUAUUUCGAGCAAUCUACAGGACACCGAUCAAAGAUUCCCCGUUGCCUUUGAAAUCGAAAGUUUCGGCAUUUGAAACGGAUCCGUGGAGACCCGUUUGCGGGUUUAGGGAGUACCAUGACGGGAGGCCUAGAGGACCCCUUUGGAGGGGGAAGAAGCUGAUAGGCAAAGAAGCGCUUUUUGUGAUUCUGGGUUUGAAGAGAUUCAAGGACGACGAAGAGAAGCUCCAGAAGUUCAUCAAGACCCAUGUUCUGAGGCUUCUGAAGAUGGAUAUGUUUGCUGUUCUCAUUGAGCUUGAGCGCCAAGAGGAGGUCGCUUUGGCUAUCAAGAUAUUUAACGUGAUUCGAAAGCAAGAUUGGUACAAGCCUGAUGUCUACUUGUACAAGGACUUAAUUAUUGCGUUAGCAAGAUGCAAGAAAAUGGAUGAUGUCAUGGGACUAUGGGAAAGCAUGAGGGCGGAUAAGCUAUUUCUUGACUCUCAAACAUAUGCAGAAGUUAUCAGGGGCUUUUUGAGCUCCGGUUCUCCAGGAGACGCAAUGAACAUAUACGAGGACAUGAAGAAGUCCCCGGAUCCGCCUGAAGAGUUGCCGUUCAGGAUUUUGUUGAAGGGUCUUUUGCCACACCCUCUUUUGAGAAACAGAGUGAAGCAAGACUUUGAGGAGCUCUUUCCUGAGAAACAUAUGUAUGAUCCUCCAGAAGAGAUAUUUGGCGCACGCUGAGUAACUGGCACUCAUUCUGCAAGGCAAAAUUUCUACUAUUUUGUUCCCGAAAGAAGAAAAAUAAGGAAGAAGAGGUUGGUUUACCUAUGAAAGGAAAAGUCAUGUUGCUGUUUAGAUAUGGGAGGCAUACAUCCUAUUUCAAGUCUCAUUCAGAAAAGUGGAUACAGGAUCAAGACACGAGUCAACCAUAGAAAUUCUAUUUAAAAAAAAAAAAAAAAAAAAAACCUUUUUAAGCUGUUAGGAUUC